CAGAUGAAGUAAAUGGCACGGAGUCAUUCGUGACUAACAAAACGAAGCGAAACCCUCGCUCAAUCUGUGCGCCCAGAAUCCAAAAAUGGCUUCCUUUCGCGAACUUCCGAGUCUCCUCCUCUUAAUCGCCGUGUUUUCCCUCGCCCUCUUAUCUGUCUCGGCCGAUUCGGAUUCUCAACGGGUCUCGGAGCUUCUGGCCCUCCAGUCCCGAUCUAAAUCGGGAGUGAUCCACCUGGACGACCGCUCCAUCUCUCGCUUCCUCACCUCGGUCAAGACUCCGAGACCCUACUGGCUCGUCAUCUUCUUCGACGCCACUCAGCUCCAUGACAAGACAGAGCUCCAUCUCAAGACCCUCCACAGCGAGUUCGCCCUCCUUGCCAACUCCUUCAUAACCAACAACCAGGACCCCGAGUCGCCUUCCCAUGCCAAGCUCUUCUUCUGCGACCUCGAAUUCAAAGAGUCACAGUCCAGCUUCGGCCUCUUCGGCGUCAAUGCCCUCCCUCAUAUCCGCCUCAUCGCUCCGCACCAAAACCCCAAAGAAUCCCAUCAGAUGGACCAGGGAGACUUCUCCAGACUCGCCGAAUCGAUGUCCGAGUUCAUCGAAUCGAAGACUAAGUUUGUCUUCGGUCCGAUCCACCGGCCACCCAUGCUUUCCAACAAGCAAUUGAUAGUCAUCGUCCUUGCCAUUUUGAUUUGGAUUCCAUUCGCUAUAAAAAAGAUCGUGAUGGGAGAGACAUUGCUCCACGAUCCGAAAAUCUGGCUGGUCGGUUCGGUGUUCGUCUACUUCUUCAGCGUCUCGGGCGCGAUGCACAACAUAAUCCGGAAAAUGCCCAUGUUCCUAGCUGACCGGAACGAUCCGAACCGCCUCAUAUUUUUCUACCAGGGCUCCGGGAUGCAGCUUGGGGCGGAGGGGUUCGCGGUCGGAUCCUUGUACACGAUUGUGGGGCUGUUGCUGGCGUUCAUGACGCACGUGCUCGUGAAGGUGAGGAAUGUGAACGUGCAGCGAGUGGUCAUGAUCGUUGCUCUUUUCAUUUCGUUUUGGGCGGUCAAGAAGGUCGUGUACUUGGAUAAUUGGAAGACUGGUUAUGGGAUCCACGGAUUCUGGCCUUCAAGUUGGAAAUGAGCUCUGCGAAAAGGUAAUGAUUUUGGGUUAUUAGUGAAGGUGGUUUAUGUUGCUCUUGGAGCUUGAUGUUUGAAUUGUAUAACUUUUGAUGAUAAACGAGAUAAAGUAGGUUCCUAUUGCCGCUUGACUAAGGCUUAAAAACCAUUUGCUAUACCA